AUGGUACCUCGGUUGUGCAACGGUAUUGUUUAUCGCGUCAUUAUCACCGACCUCAACAGUACAGAUGGCCACGAAGAGGGAUUGCCCCUUUUAGCGUCUAGUUCCGCAGAUACAUUCCCAAUUGAGGGCACGUAUUUCCCAGCAACUGCUGGUCCAACCACAAACAGUUGCUGGCGGGAUGUCAUAGCACUUUCCGCCAUAGGUCACGAGCUAGGCGCUGAUUAA